GGAGCCGGGAUCGCCUUGUUUGUUGGCGGCGGCGGGCCGGAAACGGGCGGUAUUUUCCCCCUUUCGCCUCGCCAUCCCACCCCGGGGUCGGGCCUGUGAGGAGAUGGUGGCGGCUCCUCCUCUCUGAUUGACGUCAGAUGGCUUCGGGAAGAGUGGAAUCCUGCGCACUUGGAGAGCGUUCUUUAGAAGGGAGUCCUUUGUACCCUGGUUUGUCGAAUCCUCCUGCUCGAUCACAGACUUCUGGCCAUCUGCAUUCUGCAAUGGAGGCUUUGCCUAACCAGCCAUCUCCGCUAAAUGUGGCAGCAGGUUUAUGUGGGACUGAUGCAGAGCUGCAGAAGAUGUUAAUUGAUGAGCGAAUGAGAUGUGAACAUCACAAAACCAACUAUCAGACACUGAAGGCUGAACACACAAGGUUGCAGGACGAAUACACUAAAGCUCAGCAUGAAUUAAAACGACUACUCGUGGAUAAACAGAACACCCAUGAGAAAUUCCAACUUCUUCUAGCUGAACUGAGGGGGGAGUUAUUAGAUAAAACAAGGGAACAUGAAGAACUGAAAAUGCAGGUAUUAACACCUCAGAAGCUGGAGCUACUGAAAGCACAAAUUCAACAAGAUCUGGAGGCACCUAUGAGAGAACGCCUCAGGAAACAAGAGGAGGAAGCUGAAAGGUACAGGGCAGAAUAUAAUAAGUUGCGUUAUGAAUACACUUUCCUAAAAUCAGAGCUUGAGCAUCAAAAGGAAGAGUACGAACGACUCUUGGAGGAGAAGGUGAUCCGAUUUGAAGCUGAGUCCUCUCUGCGUCGAACCUCAUCUGACAUCUAUCUGCUGCUUUGGCAAAUGCUUGAAGAAUGCAAACACUCUCAUAAACUGGAAAUUACAAACAUCAAACUAGAAGCAGCAAGAGCCAAAGGGGAGGUUGAGAGAGAGAGAGAUAACAUGCAAAGUGAAAUGAAUGGGUUGCAGUCAGAUAUUGAGAUUCUCAAGGCCAAUAUUGUAAGACACAAAGAGCUCUUGACAGAAAAGGAGAGGGAACUAAUUCGGAAAGUGCAGGCAGCUAAAGAAGACGAUUUCCAGAAGCUUACAGCACUCCAAGAUGAAAGGCUAGAACUAGAGAAUAAGGUUGCUGACCUCGAAAGAUUGAAGGCUGAGCAAGAGAUAACCUGGCAAGCUGACAAAGAGCACAUGGAAGAGAAGCUGCAUGCUUUACAGUUAGCAGAGGAGGCAUCCAAGAGGGAGAUCCAGAACCUCAGGUCUAAGCUUCAGCAGCAAGUGCUUCAAACUGAAGAACUUGAAAAAGAAAAGAAUGACAAUGCUGAGUUAAGACAGCAAAAUAAUGAAAUGCAAAUGCAAAUGAACGCUCUAUCGCAAUCAGAGAAUGACUUACUGAAUAACAACAGCAAAAUGCGGGAAAUGUUGGAGCGUUUAAAAGAGGAAAUACGAAAUGCAAGAAGCCAAGCUGAACGGGCACAGCACGAAGCUGAAAAGCUGGUGGAAGAGAAGCGUGUAGAGUGGAUGGAAGAGAAACACAAGUUGCAGAAUCGCAAUACAGAGCUGGAGGAAAAAUACUGCCAGGCCAAAGACCGACUGCAGCGCGCCGCUUUAGCUCAAAAGAAGAGGAAAACACUGAAUGAAAGUAAGCAGAAAAGAUUGCAGGAAAAAGUCCAGAUGCUGGAGGCAAAGAAAGAAGAGCUGGAAAUUGAGAAACAUGCAUACAAACAAAAUGUUCCCUAUGAAAGCCACGCAAGACUUCAAAAAAGAUUAAAGGAUUUACAGCGUAGACAUAAUGAAUUCCGAAGACUGUUUUUGGGGCCAAAUUUUUCGAGUACUGGCCUGUGUAAUUCAACCAAUUUUCUACCGUCCACCUUCAUGCAAGGCACAGAAGCAACGUGUAUGAAUGUUCAGGAAGAACAACAUCAAAGAGAGCUGGGUCUGCUCCGCAAGCGAUUGGAGGAACUGGAGACUAAUCAGAAACAGCAGUUACAAGAACUUGGUGCUCUCAAUUGAUCAAUGUUUACAGAGCUGUGAGACUUCCAGUAUCUUUGGAUUCAUUCUGCUCUUGUUUGACUUGAAAUCAUUUGUCUGGUGCUAGCAACUAGUUGCAGUUUUGAAUUUGGAGCUAAUUGUUUACAGGUUGAACACACCAUAUGAAACAGAUUUACAUGAAGCUGCAGAGUAUCUCAAGUCUUUACAAUCAAUUCUUGUGCCUUGAUAUAAAUUCUAAUCUGAGAGCCCAGUGUGUUGAUUGAUGAACUACAUUAUUUCACAAUUUACAGUCAUUCUUUUCCGUAUUUUCACCUGGUGAGCGAGAUUUAAUAAGGAUUUUAUGAAGGAGCAUUCUUCUGUCUUUGCAACUCUGCACUUGUAGAAGUCUGAAGAAAGAUUAAACUGUGUUGGGAAGUCUGUAAGAUGCUGCAGAAAAGCUGUUUUUCUCAACGUAUGCGGCACUGAAAAUAUACAGGUGGAAUAUUACAGAUACUUCCCUCUGCCUCCAGUUAUUUUGCUUCCUUAAUCACUACAUUUUGCCAAACUUAGAGGUUAGUUAGACAAUUUCUACUCAACUUUCUAGCCUGUGUAAUAAGAUACUGUGCAAAUAUAGUCCCUGAUAGCUCAAUUACUUAACAUUUGUUUUGGGUGUUUCCAGUGUGAAAAAAGAAAGGGAGCACGUUAGAAAGCUGCUCCUUUUCCAAAGCGCUGAUGAUCACCAUUCAAGUCAGAUGCAAUUCAGUCAUACUAAUGGAACCAGGAACACUCCCUCUCCCUACGAGAACCUGUUGACAUUGACCAUGGAAACAUCUAUUGAACCAAAGAUGGAUGGAGUUUUAUACUAAACUUAAAACAAAAAUCUGCAGAUACUGAAGACCUGAAACAAAAACAGAAAUUGAUGGGGAAUCUCAGCUGGCCUGGCAGCAUCCAUGGAGAAGAAACAGAGUCAACAUUUCAAAUCCAGUGACCUUGGAUCCAGUUCUGAUUAAGGAUCACUGGACUCAGUGUCAACUCUGCUUUCUGUCCACAGAUGCUGCCAGACCUGCUGAGCUUCUCCAACAAUAUCUGUUUUUGUUAUAGAAAGAGUUUUAUUGGUUAGGGUAUCAAAGGAAACCACAUUACGAUUAGUAAAUGGCGAUUAGGUACAGAUGAACUAUGAUCUUGAUUGAAUGGUGGCAUGGAGGCAAGGCAAUGAAUGGCCUCCUCCUAGCUAUUUCGUUCUUUAGUGCCUUUUCUAAGAAAAGUUGGGAUUUUGUCUCAAGUUGCCUGUUCUCGGAACAGAAAAUCUCUCACUCAAAGUAUCAAUUUACUUUCUCUUCUAGGAUAAAGAGGUGACUUGCCUUCAAUUACAGAAUCCUGCCCUUUUUAACCAGCUUUACUGACGUGAGUCGUGUUUGUGUUUUCUCUGCUUAAUCUAAAGUUUGAAAACAGCCUUUUAAAUUACACUUGGAGGAAUAAAAGAAGAUUAUACACAAACACAAAAUGCUGCUGAGGUUUUAAAAUUCCCAAAUCUAACACAUUGGGAAUUAGAUGUGGUGGAGGGAAAUUAAAAGGGAGAAAAGUGAGAUUUUAAGUGGAAUAAAACUCGUUCAUUUCCAAGUUUCUUUGUGCUACCUUGAAGCAAAACAACGCCAUUCAUGGCUACAUCCGGUGUUCCUGCACAGCAUGGGGAAAUCUAACACCAGAUAACAAAAUAUAUGAACCCGCAGUGACAGGCUUUCCUGUGAAUGUGGCAUGACAGGAAAUUGAAGCCCAACUGUCUAGCAGCAUUCAACAGCACAUUGUUUUGCUUAGUUUAUUUCUCCUUUCUGCAUUUUAUAAAAACCAAGUAUAUAUGUCAAUUAUAUAUUGAGUCUUUUAGAAUUUCUACAGAAGACCAGACAUAGUUUUACUCUAAAAAACAUUAUGUUUGCAAAUGCACAAAUGUUCUCUAUUUGACUGUGGUGAUGUGUUUGUUCAGAAGUUUACAGCUUUAUUUAUUUUUCUACAGCUACUGAAUUGUGUCAUGGUGUGUCUGUAAAUAAUUGCAUUAAUUAAGCUGUAAGUUCAUACAUUAGGGCCUGUGUUCUGUGUUUAGUAAGUAUUGGCACACAGUGCGAAAAGCCCAUGUCAAGAACAGCAGCAAGAGUGGUAAUGAGUUGUGAAAUUUUAUUUGCAUUUUUAUACAUAAUUAUUCCAAAUGUGACAUUUUACAAAAUAUUUCUAAUUUAUUUUAAAUUUGCAUCAAAAAAUUUUCAACAUGUUUGUUACUCAUGAUUUUGUUUCAAAGUUUUUUAAAUACAUGAUUUUUCUAUUGCUACAACUGUUUUGUACAAUUCAGAUAUUUAAUUAAUUGUCAUAACUUUGGGGAAAAAAAUCACUUGCCACUGAUGUUGUAAUACUUUUCAAAUAAACACUUUGCAUGAA